AGGACCUCUGCCAUCCAGCGCCACAAAGAGACAUUCUGCGCGCACACACACACACACACACACGCACACACACGCGCACGCACACACACACACACACACACUUGCCCAGAGACAAACUUAAGGUGAGGAGAAAGAGCCCUAGCUUCACUUGAUCUCCAGGCUCCAACCUCAGCAGGACUUGAGAGCAUCUGAACUUCUGGAUUUCAGGACAAGUGAAGAAGACUCCCUGGGUUAUAAAGAUGAAGAGUCUACUUCUUCUGGUGCUGAUUUCAAUCUGCUGGGCUGAUGAUCAUUCAGACAACUAUACUCUAGAUCAUGACAGAGUUAUUCACAUCCAAGCAGAAAAUGGCCCCCGUCUACUCGUGGAAGCAGAACAAGCCAGGGUGUUCUCAUACAGAGGUGGCAAUGUUACACUGCCAUGUAAAUUUUACCGAGACCCUACAGCAUUUGGCUCAGGAACCCACAAGAUCCGAAUUAAGUGGACCAAGCUAACUUCAGAUUACCUCAAGGAAGUGGACGUUUUUGUUUCCAUGGGAUAUCACAAGAAAGCCUAUGGAGGCUACCAGGGUAGAGCGUUUCUGAAGGGAGGCAGUGAUAACGAUGCUUCUCUGGUGAUCGCAGACCUCACCCUGGAGGACUAUGGGAAAUAUAAGUGUGAGGUGAUUGAAGGAUUGGAAGAUGACACUGCUGUGGUAGCAUUAGAUUUACAAGGUGUGGUAUUCCCUUACUUUCCACGACUGGGGCGCUACAAUCUCAACUUCCACGAGGCACAGCAGGCUUGUCUGGACCAGGAUGCUGUGAUUGCCUCCUUCGACCAGCUCUACAAUGCCUGGCGGGGCGGGCUGGACUGGUGCAAUGCCGGCUGGCUCAGUGACGGGUCUGUGCAGUAUCCCAUCACAAAGCCCAGAGAGCCUUGCGGAGGCCAGAACACGGUGCCCGGUGUCAGGAACUACGGGUUUUGGGAUAAAGACAAAAGCAGAUACGAUGUUUUCUGUUUUACAUCUAACUUCAAUGGCCGGUUUUACUACCUGAUCCAUCCCACCAAGCUGACCUACGACGAAGCGGUGCAGGCUUGUCUCAACGAUGGUGCUCAGAUCGCAAAAGUGGGCCAGAUCUUCGCCGCCUGGAAACUUCUAGGAUACGACCGCUGCGAUGCGGGCUGGCUGGCGGAUGGCAGUGUCCGCUACCCCAUCUCGAGGCCGAGGAGACGCUGCAGUCCCACCGAGGCUGCCGUGCGCUUCGUGGGGUUCCCAGAUAAAAAGCAUAAGCUGUACGGUGUCUACUGCUUCAGAGCAUACAACUGAGCGUGCCCCUAGAGCACAUCAGUUUUAAAGUCAUUAAGAACAUGUGAAAGGGGUUUUUUGUGUUUUUUGUUUGUUUUUCGUUUUUUUUCAACACGAACUCAUGCAAGUUACCAAAACUGUGAUAACCCUUUUUUACUUACUGGAAAGAGUCAUUUUCAUAAAGACCAAUUCAUGAAUUUGUUUUUGUAAAGCUAUCAUUCAAUAUAUAUUAUAAAUUAAUAUAAUUUUAAGGGAAGCGCUAGAUAAGGAGGUUUUAGAGCCCAAUUGUUUAGGCUACAUUGUUCCCAGUGAAGUAUCCUUUCAUGAACGGGGCAUGCAAUAGCUUGAGGAUUGCGAGGAUUAAAUUAAGGAAAGUACAGCUACUCAGAGCAGCAGUUUCCACAAGCACAAAUUUUACACAUUUGUACAAUUUUGAAAUGCACUACAAUCUACAAAUUAGAGCAACGGAUUUGAAAUACAGGCUUCUUUACAUAAACUGAGAUUCUGAGAGGUUGCACGAAACUCAGUUUCACAAGGGAACAAUCUACACUUUUCUAAAAGGUAUUAUUUCAAGACUCCAAUAAACAGAACGUUUUAGUCUUUAAAAUCCUGCCUUUUUGACCAAAAAUAAAUAAAUAAAUUCAUAUGGACUCCAAUGCAUAGUAACAAGCACAGUUAAAACUCCUUAAUAACCCCAUUUAUAUGAAGUAUGAAACGUGAAUACGCAGAUAAUAUUUAACCAAUGAGAGACUCCAAUCUUCUUUUAAUUGAAAUGACACAUACCUGAGAAGAAUCGUUAAAUCUUUUGAGUAGCUUUACUGAGUUAUAUUUAAAUUCUAAGGGCCGUCUGCUAAGCAGCAUUAGCAUCUACUCAGGGCAGUUAUAUAGAUAAACUGCUGGACAGAAAAAUUGUAAAAUUUAGCAGCUUGAUUUUAUGUUAGCCUAUGAAAUAUAUUGUCCUAUAAAAAUAACUUUAAACUAUUUAAUAUUUCCUUCUUAUUUACCUUCCAUGAAAAAAAUUUAAAUCACAAAAGGAAUGGAUAACUAUACACUUGCCUAACCAAGAAAUACAGACCCAACUUUCAAAAUUCCCAUUACUCUUCUUUGUAUAUCUACUAGAAAGCCCAACUGGUGCCUGUGUGAGGGCAAAUGAGUGAACAAAGUCGUUCUAAACCUCCCUCCAUAUAGAAAAUGCGGUCAAUGAUGUCACUUUCCUUGCCGGUCAUCAUUAGGCUUAAAUGAAAUGCAGAAGCUCCCAUCAAAGAGUUUACACUAAAAUCUUCAGGGCUUUAAAUGAAAGGGUAAAGCCAGCUUCAGAAAAACAACUUUAGACAUUAGCAGCUCCAAUAUUAAAUAAAGUUCUGUUUUCCUAUAUUUUUAUGACUGUUGAGACCCUGCAGGGACCAAUAUUUGUAUUCAAAUUACAUUUCAUGGUUUCCCAUUGUUUUACAAUGAAUUCUAAUAAAUGGGCUUUAAUAUAAGAAUCCAAGUAUGACAUAGCUGGUAUGCUUUCAUCAAUGUUUUUAUGUAGAUUUUCCUCCCAUGAACAUGAGUAAAUAAAUCU